AGAAAAAUAAAAAUAGAAAUAAAAAGGAGCAGCAGCAGCUCCGCCCAGCGCCGCCGCCGCCGGUACCCCCUCACCCCUCCGGCGCGCGCGUGGCCGUCUCCUUUACCUCCCCCUACCCCCACGCCGCUGUUGCGGCCGUGCCCCGACUCCCCGACCUCCUGCUCUACCCGAGGCCUCCCCAUCCGCCCGCGCACUACAGCAGCUGCGGUGCUCGUCGGCUCGAGUCCCUCCCUCGGCGGCCGUGCCCUAGGCUGUGAUUUCUGGCGGUCUAAUUAUGUAAAUUCAUAAGCCCUGUUUGGUAGGGCUCCAACUUCAAGUUCAAGGUUGAGACUGCUUCAUAUUGUACUUGGGGUUGAUUUACUGAUUUAGGAAGGUGCUUAGCUAGAUAGUUAGCUCCAACCCUAAUAAUAUGACCAUUUCAAGCUGCCACUAAAAUAACUAUUCUGCAUUUAUUUCAGCUCGCCCCUUGGUCGCCACUCCUCGUCCCAAAUAUACCCUCCUCUCAUAUAUCUGUGCCCACUUAUCACCAUACAUGUAGGGUUGUUUCCUCAUCUUUCUCUUUGCUACCUUCUUGUGGCUCUAUCUGGUUGUUCUUGAGAUAUAAUAGUAGGUCUCUGUAAGAGAGUCUUUUCAUCGCUACCUUCCAUAUCUGGUUGUUCUUGAGAUAUAAUACUGGUUCUCUGUAAGAAGAGUUUUAAGUACAUCCAGUAUUUUACUUACAAAAGGGGGAAUUUCCGGAUGCUUGCUACUUGACCAUUUAUAACAAUUCAUAUCAAAGAAAAGAUUUGCAAUCAGUUUUUGGGCCAAUUAUAGCCUUUGGUCCUGCCUCUGGCAUCCAAGUUUAGCCAUACAAGUGUAGAACAUUAUACAUGAAUUGGUGAACACUACACAACAUGCGUUACAUGCCCAGACCUACAGCUUAUUAAUAUAUUGGUAAUAUCAAUAUAUGAGAUAGCCUGUAGGCAUAGGCACAUUGAUCCACUGAGGGAAUUUUCAAAAUAGAGUUACCAAUGGGACUUUGUAAUUCGUCCAGCAGGGAGGGGCACCGACGAUAAUCAUCACUACUGCUAUUGUCAUAUUGUGUUGGUCGGGGCCCAGGCAUCGUGUGGGCCCCAUGCAUGCUGCAAAUAUCUAUGGGUGUGUUUGGUUGCUCGCACCACCUUACCCUGGCCCAUCUCUCUCAUUCAGGCCAAACUUGGCCUGGCUACAAGGAUACACGUACAGCUGUUUGGUUGCUUGUUUCAGUUUAGACUGGCUAGUAUGAGAUUGUGUUUGGUUGCUUGUAUGAGAAAUAGGGUUGAGAAGAGAUUUUGUUUGGUUGAUUGUAUGUAUAGUGUGUAUGGGUACCUACAUCUUUUUGGUUGAGAUGAUCAAUUUAUGAAUUAAUAUUAGUAAUAUAGAUAAAUUAAAAAUUUUCACACACUAAAUUAACCUAUUUAUAAAGCAUCAUUGAGAUAAUAACAUUCUAGUAAAUUCAUCCAUUUUAAAGGAAAACUGAAAACAAAUAUCAGAGGCACAAUAGAUCACAUCGUCUUUACAAAAAAAUUAACAAUUACGUGGUGAUGGUGUUCAUUUAUCUCUCCAGAGCAACCGGUUAGGGAAAGGAUAAAACAAAUAAAAUGGUGUCAGUUUCCUCGCCUGCUGCUUCUCUCUGCUCGCUGCCGAAUCAAUCCGUCCCCGCGACACAGCAGCCCACGCGAUGCCGUCCGCUGCAGAUCUGGGGCGGCGAUGGGGAGCGGUGCAGGCGCGGCGGCUGACGGCGUCGAGCGGUGGACGGGGCCGCAGCAGCCCCUGUGAUGCUUUGCGCUGCAGAUCUGGGGCGACGGGGCCGCAGCAGUUCGGUCGAGCAGGCGGACAGGGGCUGUGGCGGAUGGCGUUGCACGAGCGGACUGGGGCGGCAGCGGAUGGCGUUGCGCGGGCAGACGAGGUUGGCGAACAACGUCGCGCAGGGGUGGCAGACGGUGGAGAGGAAGAAGAAUGCAGGGGCUUGAGCCCGCGCUUGCAUCCGCGCGCACACGCUUGCUUCCGCGCCUGCACGCGCCGAACCUGGCCCGAGAGUGACGCUCCCUCGCUGCGUUUCUCGCAGCCGGGCUGUGGUGGCUACUUUUGCACCAGUUCAGCCUGGCUCAAUAAAGCAUGCAGGCUACCAAACAACAACUAGUUGCGUCCACUCAUGCGAGCCAACCUGCAUACAGGCAACCAAACACCCCCUAUGUGAUUUUUAUUUAUGAUUUUCCAUUUAUUUUAAUGGGAAUGUAGGGUUUCUAGAUUACUGUUGAAGCUUGCUGAUGGUGCUUGGUCUUAACAUAAGAAACUAUUACUUUGUUGCUCAAAAAAGUUUGCUGACAAUUUAAAAUUUGACGAUGUUACUAAUAAUCCAAAUUACUAAUCUGCUAAUAGUUAGACAAAGCCGCACUUUAUUUUGAUCGGAAGUUAUCCAUUUAUAAAACCAAUCUUUCCGGUCAUUACCCCACCCUCCCCACGCACGCAUGCGCGCACACACAUGCCAGCUAUCACGACACCUGGCAGUACACCAAAUUGAGCAGAACUACAUCCUUUAUUUCCAUUAUUAAUAUUAAUGAAUUGGGUAGUUAAGAAAUACAUUCUGCCCUGCUGGAUCUGCAUCCGCCCAGAUCCCCUUCCUCAUUCCCUUGUGCUCCUGGUCACGUUUGCGCAUUCCAUUUCAUCCUGACUGAGCGCAGAAAAGAAGUCAAGCAAAUCAAUCGCCAAAUCGCCUCAUAUGGUUCACAACCACCUUGCUACCACGAUUCUUCUACCAGAUCUUAUCAAGAGAAAAAACUCCUCUCGGCCCGCUACUGGAGAUCUGACUACUUUCCUUGGGUUCCUUGCACGGAUACUCGUCUGUGCUUCUAUGAGCUGAUUUUGGUGGGUUCCAGUGAACUGAGCUUUUCAUCAACAGGGAUGCCUGGCCUACCUUUGACUGACCAUGAUUCAGAGAACAUUGGAUGUGAAUUCAAUUGUCAAAGGUCAUCAGACCAGAUGUGCUAUCAGCAGUUUGUAGAUCAUUUUUCUUCAGAUGAACAACUUAACCCUGAAGAAACUUUAGCUUUAUACUGCAAGCCAAUUGAACUGUACAAUAUUAUUCGACACCGAGCUAUUAAAAAUCCUCCUUAUCUUCAAAGAUGCCUUCUUUACAAGAUACGUGCAAAACAAAAAAAGAGGAUACAGAUAACUAUAUCACUCCCUGGGUGUAACAAUAAGGAAUUGCAAGCACAGAAUAUCUUUCCACUGUAUGUUCUGUUUGCUAGACCUACUUCAAAUGUUUCUGUAGAAGGACAUUCUCCAAUAUAUCGGUUCAGUCAGGCCUGUUUGAUUACUAACUUUAAUGACUCUGGGAAUAAUGACCAUGCUGAAGCCACGUUUGUUAUUCCCGACCUGGAGACUUUAAUUGCCACUGAAGCUUAUGGUCUUACUUUUAUCCUUGUAAGUCGCGGUACCAAAAAAAAUAAAGGGCGAGUUGGAAAAAAUCUUGUUGAAAAUAGCAGCUCCGAUAACCAUGUGGACCUUUCAUCUCUCCAAAAGUUUGCAGGAAAAUGUUUCUGGGGUAAAAUUCCGAUCACUUUACUUAAUUCAUCUUUGGAGACUUGUGCGGAUUUAAUUUUGGGACAUAUAGUGGAGUCACCCCUCAGUAUAUGUAUGAACCCAGGCUACUUAGAGCCAAAAUUUCUUGAGCAUGACAGUUGCUUGUCAUUUUGUUCUCGCAAGGCUGAUGCUAUGGGUCCAUAUCAGUUGGAAGUAAAAGUUUCUGCAGCAGAGGCUGGUGCAAAAGACAUACUCAAAUCUCCAUAUAAUUCCUUCUCAUAUAGUGAUGUCCCACAAUCCUUAUUACUAAGUAUCGUAAGGCUAAGAGUUGGCAAUGUGCUCUUUAACUACAAGAACACACAAAGGAGCGAAGUAACGGAAGAUUUUUCUUGCCCAUUUUGCCUUGUACGGUGUGGGAACUUCAAGGGCCUGGAAUGUCACAUGAUCUCAUCACAUGAUCUGUUCCACUUUGAAUUCUGGAUAUCUGAAGACUACCAGGCUGUUAAUGUUCGGCUGAAGAAAGAUAACAAGAGAACAGAGUUUGUGUCAGGAGAAGUUGAUAAUAGCCAUCAGAUCUUUUACUACCGAUCAAGGUUUAAGAAGAGCAAAAGAACAGAAACACUUCAGGUUGCACAUGCACAUCCACAUAUUACAGAAUCAGGAUCACUUGACGAUAUGCAGGUGGAGUCUGAGGAGGAUGUCCAAGAGGAAAAGGAAAAUGCUUCGAUCGAUAAUUCUAAGAAAUUACAUGGUAGCAAUCAUACACCAUCAGAAUUUCUGGCAUUUGGGAAAUCAAGGAAACUAUCAGCAAAUCGGGCUGAUCCCAGAAAUCGUCUACUUCUGCAAAAACGCCAGUUCAUCCAUUCUCAUAAGGCACAGCCAAUGACAUUCGAAGAAGUUCUCUCAGAUAAUGAUAGUGAAGAUGAAGUAGAUGAUGAUAUUGCUGACUUGGAAGAUAGAAGGAUGCUUGAUGAUUUUGUUGAUGUUACAAAAGAUGAGAAGCGCAUUAUGCACAUGUGGAAUUCAUUUGUUCGGAAACAAAGCAUACUAGCUGAUAGUCACGUACCUUGGGCUUGUGAGGCAUUCUCCCGACAUCAUGGAGAAGAACUUGUACAAAACUCUGCUUUACUAUGGGGAUGGCGCCUUUUUAUGAUCAAACUCUGGAAUCACAGUCUACUAGAUGCCCGUGCAAUGGACACCUGCAACAAAAUUCUUGAUGCCAUCAAAAAUGAAAGCUCGGAUCCCAAGAAACACUGACAAUAGGAAAUAUUGGCCAACUUGUGUACCAUGGUGUUGAUUUCUGAUCAUUUCAAAGUUUCUUAGAAAAGACAGGCUUUAUAGCCUGAACGAUGCAAAGUUAGUAACAUAUGCUGAGGUUUUUGUUGUUUUUAUUAGGAGAAUUCUCAAUUCUAUUCAUUGAAUGAAACUGAAGGGCCAGGUCCAGGCUGCCAGGCCUAAUAUUAAACAAACUACCUUGUUCUGGAUGACACUCAGUUCCAGGAAAAACCUGGAUAACGUGACUUUACAUGGAUUGGUGGUUCAGCCCAGACCAUUUUGUAUUGUUCCCCGUUAAACUUGCUGUUUGAUUUAUGAAAUUGUAUGAAUAAUUUGUUGCAUGGUCAGUGUUUGGCGACUGCUUUUCUUUUAGGGAGCAUUUGGUUGCAG